AUGGGCAAUGAUACCACUCCCAAGAAGGUGGCCAAGCCCUCUUCUGCCCGAAGCACUCCCAGCAAGGCCCUGAGAUCCGCCAAUGUCAGCUUUGACAAGGACCUCCUUUUUCUCUGGGCUUGUUGUCAGAGCGCCAACAUGCAGCUUGACUACGCCGUGCUUGGUCAAAAUCUCGGCCUUAAGCCCAAUGCCACCCGCAUGCGAUACACACGUCUGAAGGCCAAGAUCGAGGCCAUGGAGUCUGAGCAGAAGGAAUCUGCCAAUACCGACCCCGAGUGCAACAAAGAGCCUGAGGGCAGCAGCCACGAGGUCAAGGAGGAAAAGGGCGAUGAAAUUGAGGCAAAUCAGUUCUAA